CACACUUUAUAGUAUUUUACUAUUUUAUUAAAUUGACAAAAUCUAAGUGUAAUUAAUUAAUUAAUUUUAGAAAUAUCCUUCCAUAGUAAGAAAGUUGUCCCCGUCCGAGCUACCGUCAUACGGGUCCCUCUCCCCAUUCUCUUGUGGUUGUCUUGUCUUGUGGUGGAGCAGCUAUGUCGAUGCUUGAUUCCUUCUUCAAACAGCGCUUCAACGCUGCGAAAUGUAAGACUUUGCUAAAACUCACAAUACCAAGGAUUAAGUUACUUAGGAAUCGAAGAGAGAUUCAGGUCAAGCAGAUGCGUAAAGAUAUUGCCAAGCUACUUGAAACUGGUCAAGAAGCCACCGCCCGGAUUCGGGUGGAGCAUAUCAUAAGAGAAGAGAAGAUGAUGGCUGCACAAGGGAUCGUUGAGCUCUUCUGUGAGCUCAUUGCUGUCCGCCUUCCCAUUAUAGAUGCACAAAGGGAAUGCCCACUGGACUUGAAAGAGGCGAUUUCCAGUGUGUGCUUUGCUGCACCAAGGUGUGCUGACCUGCCAGAGUUGCUACAGGUACAAAUGCUGUUUGUUGGUAAAUAUGGUAAAGAAUUUGUGUCUGCUGCAACCGAGCUUAUGCCGGAAUGCGGUGUCAAUCGCCAGUUGGUGGAGCUCCUCUCUGUUCGUGCACCUGCUCCUGAUGUGAAGUUAAAGCUACUCAAAGAAAUUGCUGAAGAGCACGAACUUGACUGGGAUCCUGCUGCUACAGAAAGUGAAUUGUUAAAGCCACAUGAAGACUUACUGAAUGGGUCAACCCUGUUUGUGACCGGUUCCAAAGUGCCCCUUCCGGAAGAAAAGCAUCAAGAAACAACACACGCCACUUCAGCUGAAGAAAAAACCGAUUCUAGUGAGGUUGAUCCCGACUUGUUAGAUUUUCCGGAAGUUCCCAAGCAGCAGCCGCUCAUUGUGCAGCCCAAUAAGGGAGUUGCCUCAGCACCCGAAAUGCUGCAUUUUCCUUCAUCGGCACUCUCCGAUCCUGACGAUGAAGACGAGCAGUCAAACUCGUCGAGUAAAGCCGACGACGAACAAUUUGUGCCUUUCAUGUCCCCUCCACCGCAAUCUUUGCCGGAAAACAUCCCGUCUGACCAUACGACCGAAAAUAACGAGAAAAAAGUGGACUUGGGAGAUGUAAUUGCUGCUGCUCAGGCAGCUGCAGAGACAGCUGAGCGUGCUGCGGCUGCCGCCAGGUCAGCAGCCAGCCUCGCCCAACUCCGGAUCAGUGAGCUUGUCAAGAAAAAAGACGAUCGUGCCCCUGAUCCGAAUGAGGCUGAGAACCAAUCUCAUCCUCCACAUAAACAGGUUUCGGAUGAUUCGGACAAACGACACUCGAUUGAUCCAUCUUCUCCGCCAGGUGGUGAUUCGGGUGUUGUGGCCCAUCAACCUCAGAGGUUACCGUCCAUGGAUGACGAGACGUAUUUCUCGUACCCUAACUUGUUCUCGUCUCAAGGCUCGAAUCUGAGCACUCAUCAACACUCGGUUAUGGACACGAAGUGAGUUACUACAAUGUGUUUAUAAGCAAUAAGAUUUUCGUGUGACUGAAGCUUUUUUAUACAUGGAGAUUUGAUAUCUGAACAUUUAUAACAAUCUAUUGUAAAAUGAGUUGUUUGUUGUGUUCCCAUUCGAAAUUAGGCAUGAAGAUUAAUCCAUCUCACUCACCAGUAGAAUAGCGAGAUGAAAUGAUU